AUGUCGGUCUCGACGCUCCUCUCGACGGCUCUGCACCCGCAGAACUGGCCGACGAGCAUCUGGGUGCUCCUCCUCACGGGGGUCGCCUACGCGGUGGGCUUCCUCGCGUACCGGCCGUCGUUCCCGCGCAACGCGCCGAAGCUGUUCAAGGGGUACCCCGUGCUGGGGGCGCCGCGGUUCUUCACGGACCGGGGGAACUUCCUGACGGAGGGCCGGCGGUUUGGGCGGUCGGGGAACUGGAGCUUUUAUUUUGGCAAGAUGAGGAUUGUAGGGUUGUCGGGGGAGCCGGGGCGGAAUCUGUUUUUUGAGAGUCGGGAGUUGGAUUUUACAAAGGGGUAUGGCGCCCUCUUCAACGCGACGCCCAAGAUCGAAGUAUCCCCCGACCAAUCCGUCGAGGAGGACUUCGCAGCCAAGUUCAACCGCCUCAUCGUCCGGCUCCUACGCAAAGAACAGCUCUGCAAACGUCUACACCUCCUCGUCCGCGACACGCACGACACGACCAAACGCCUCGCCGCCCGGCCCUCCAAGAUCAGCGACCCGUUCGAGGACAUGUACCGGCUCGUGUUCCAGCUGACGAUGCGCAUGGUGGGCUGCGACGAGAUCGCCGAGGACGACGCGCUGCUCGUCAAGACGCUGCGCAUCUUCGAGGGCAUCGACGCGGCCAGCACCGCCACGAAGGUCAUGUUCCCGUGGAUGCCGACCAUCGGGCACUUCCGGCGCGUGUACUCGGGCGCGCAGAUGUACAUGAUCCUGGAGCGGGUGAUCAAGGAGCGCAAGGCGAGGGGUGUGGACGGGAGCGAUGCGCUGCAGUACCUGACGGACGAGGGGUACACGACGGUCGAGAUGGUGGCGUUUAUUGUUGGCGCGCUGUUUGCGGGUUUGAUUAAUAGCGGGAUCAACGCGGCGUAUUUGCUGUGCUUUUUGGGCGCGAACGAGGAGUGGUAUGGGCGUGUGCAGGCGGAGGUGGACUCUGUGAUUGCGAAGCACCGGCGCAGCGAGGAGGAGACGCCCGAGGAGGUGUUUGCGAGGUUUGAGGUGGAGGACUGGGAGGCGGAGUUCCCGAUGGUGGAUCUGGGGCUGAAGGAGACGAUUCGGCACACGAUCACGGGGUGCGGGUUCCGGUAUAACGGGACCGGGAAGGAUAUCCCGAUCGGGGACUCGGGGGAGGUGGUCCCGGCGGACGCGUUUGCGGUGUAUCACUUUGAUGAUACGCAUAUGAGUGAGAGGUUCUUCCCGGAGCCGUUGAGGUGGGACCCCGGGAGGUUUUUGCCGCCGCGGGAGGAGGAUAAGAGGGAUCCGAGGGCGUUCAACGGGUGGGGGAGCGGGCGGCAUCCGUGUUUGGGGAUGAGGUUUGCCAAACUGGAGACGUUCGUGGCGACGGCGAUCUUCGUGGCCAAGUUUGACUACCACCUGUGCGAUGCGGACGGCAAGAGAAUGGACAAGGUGCCGGAGGACUCGGUGGACCGCAACACGCACUCUGCGUCGAAGCCGAGGAACAACCUGUACUUGAAGUAUACCGAGAGGACGCGGUGGGCGAGGGCGUGA